AGCGGAGGCGCGCAGUGUCCCUGUGCGUUCAGAGGAGGUGUCAGCUGCCGGAGGAGGGGAGCGACGAGGAGGAGCGGAAGACGAGACAGCAGGCGACCAUUCCUUCACUACUGGUGCCGUCUCCUUUGGUGCCCGUAGAACAAAACGGCCUUUUGAUACUGAUUGUUGCGUUUUUCCCAUCUUCUCCCAAAGGCUGAAGCUCUCCAGUAUGUGUCGGAUCUAACGUCUCCAUACAGAACUAGGAAUAUCCGAGUCCGCCCGUGGAUGUGGACAUCUAAACUGUGGACAUGGAAAAGAUAGUGAAUUUAUCCAUUUCAGUUCUGCUGGUUUUAUGGGGAUGCGCGCACGGAGGCUCGCCCAGUGUUCAGAUCGGGGGACUCUUUCCAAGAGGCGCGGAUCAAGAAUACAGCGCGUUUCGGAUAGGAAUGGUUCAGUUUGGCACCUCGGAAUUCAGGUUGACGCCUCACAUUGACAAUCUGGAAGUGGCGAACAGUUUUGCUGUUACCAAUUGCUUCUGUUCACAGUUCUCAAGAGGGGUCUACGCCAUCUUCGGGUUCUACGACAAGAAGUCGGUGAACACCAUCACGUCGUUUUGCGGCACGCUGCACGUCUCCUUCAUAACGCCGAGCUUCCCCCUGGACGGGAACCAGCAGUUCAUCAUCCAGAUGAGGCCCGACAUCAAGGGGCCCCUCCUCAGCCUCAUCGAGUACUACAAGUGGGACAAGUUUGCCUACCUGUACGACAGCGAUAGAGGCCUGACGACGUUGCAGGUUGUUCUGGACACAGCAGCAGAGAAGAAGUGGCAGGUGACAGCCAUCAAUGUGGGAAACCUGAAGGACGAGCGGAAGGACGAGGCCUAUCGCUCGCUCUUCCAGGACCUGGAGAACAAGAAGGAGAGGAGGGUGAUCCUGGAUUGUGAACAGGACAAAGUUAAAGACAUCAUGGAGCAGGUCAUCACCAUCGGCAGACACGUCAAAGGCUACCACUACAUCAUAGCCAAUCUGGGGUUCAUUGAUGGAGAUCUAUCUAAAAUCCAGUACGGCGGUGCCAACGUGUCAGGCUUUCAGAUUGUUGACUUUGAAGAUCCCCUGGUGUCUAAGUUCGACCAGCGAUGGGACGCCCUGGAGGAAAAGGAGUAUCCUGGAGCAGACAGUAAGAUAAGGUACACGUCCGCGUUGACCUACGACGCCGUGCAGGUGAUGACCGAAGCAUUCCGCUACCUGCACAAGCAGCGCAUCGACUUCACCAGGAGGGCCAACAACGGCGACUGCCUGGCCAACCCGGCCGUGCCCUGGGCGCAGGGAGUGGAGAUCGAGCGGGCGCUGAAGCAGGUGCACGUGCAAGGACUGUCAGGAAACAUUCAGUUUGACCAACACGGCAAACGAGUCAACUACUCUGUGAAUGUGAUGGAAUUAAAGAGCAACGGUCCUGUAAAGAUCGGAUACUGGAAUGAGGUGGACAAAAUGGCCGUGACCAAAUCUGAUAUCCUGUCUAAUGAAACGACUGGCAUGGAAAACAAAACUGUCAUAGUCACCACCAUCUUGGAAGCACCUUACGUGAUGCUGAAAAAGAGCCUUGGACAAUGCAUGGACAAUGAAUGCUACGAGGGUUAUUGUGUAGAUCUGGCUGCAGAGAUAGCGAAGCACUGCGGCUUCAAAUACCAGCUCAAAAUAGUCGGGGAUGGGAAAUACGGAGCCAGAGAUUCAGAGACCAAAAUCUGGAACGGGAUGGUUGGAGAGUUAGUGUACGGGAAAGCAGACAUCGCAGUGGCUCCGCUGACCAUCACUUUGGUGCGAGAGGAGGUGAUCGACUUCUCCAAACCUUUCAUGUCUCUGGGAAUCUCCAUCAUGAUUAAGAAGCCUCAGAAAUCCAAACCGGGCGUCUUCUCCUUCCUGGACCCGCUGGCCUACGAGAUCUGGAUGUGCAUCGUGUUCGCCUACAUCGGCGUCAGCGUGGUGCUGUUCCUCGUCAGCCGCUUCAGCCCGUAUGAGUGGCACACCGAGGAGUACGAGGACGGGCAGAUCCAGACCAAUGAGUCGACAAAUGAAUUUGGCAUAUUCAACAGCCUGUGGUUCUCCCUCGGAGCCUUUAUGCGACAAGGCUGUGACAUAUCACCUAGAUCUCUGUCUGGGCGUAUUGUUGGUGGCGUGUGGUGGUUCUUCACCCUGAUCAUCAUCUCGUCCUACACGGCCAACCUGGCUGCCUUUCUGACUGUGGAGAGGAUGGUUUCUCCCAUUGAAAGCGCAGAGGACCUGGCUAAACAGACAGAGAUCGCAUACGGAACUCUGGACUCUGGCUCCACGAAGGAGUUUUUUAGGCGCUCCAAAAUCGCCCUGUUUGACAAAAUGUGGACGUACAUGCGCAGCGCAGAGCCGUCUGUGUUUGUGAGAACCACAGCUGAGGGGGUCCUGAGGGUGCGCAAGUCCAAGGGGAAGUAUGCCUACCUGCUCGAGUCCACCAUGAACGAGUACAUCGAGCAGCGGAAGCCUUGCGACACCAUGAAGGUGGGAGGCAACCUGGACUCCAAGGGCUACGGGAUCGCCACGCCGAAAGGAUCCUCAUUAAGAAAUGCGGUUAACCUCGCAGUACUAAAACUGAAUGAGCAAGGCCUGUUGGACAAAUUGAAAAACAAAUGGUGGUACGACAAAGGAGAGUGCGGCAGCGGGGGAGGUGAUUCCAAGGUCAGCCCCAUAAACCUUGCAGUAUUGAAACUCAGUGAGCAAGGCGUCUUAGACAAGCUGAAAAACAAAUGGUGGUACGAUAAGGGUGAAUGUGGAGCCAAGGACUCUGGAAGUAAGGAGAAGACGAGCGCCCUCAGCCUGAGCAACGUGGCUGGGGUCUUCUACAUUCUGGUCGGAGGACUCGGCUUGGCCAUGCUGGUGGCCUUGAUCGAGUUCUGUUACAAGUCCCGAGCCGAGGCGAAGCGAAUGAAGAUGACCUUUGGGGACGCCAUGAGGAAUAAAGCCAGGCUUUCUGUCACUGGGAGUACUGGGGAGAAUGGCCGGGUGAUGACUCCAGAGUUUCCUAAAGCUGUCCACGCCGUCCCUUACGCGAGACCUGAAAUGGGACUAAACGUCAGCCUGACGGAUCUGUCCUGAUUAAUGAGAAACUUCUGAGUGCCUUACGAUGGUUUCAAUAGAGCGAUUUUUUUUUGGGUUAUUCACUCCCUCCCUCUCUUUGGCACUUUUCUCUCUCUGGCUGGUGAAAAGGGAAAGGUAGGAGAUGGAGGCUUCAUUUUGUCUCUAACAAAGACUUGUAUUGUUGCGCUCUGUCUGUCUAAUAUUCACCCGACCAAACGCCUCCCUCUCCGGGUGGAAUUACAUCUUGAAAUAUAAAAGGGAGGCUCUUUUUUCCUAAACUCGUGUCACCAUGCUUUCCUAUCUGUCUGUCUGGACUGGACUGAGAUGGAAAUUGAUUGACAGCAGCAGCUGCUUCUGGGGGUUCUGAUAGUUUGUCAUUUCAGCUGUAGUGUGUGUGUGCGCGUGUGUGUGCGUGUGUCAGGGAGUCUCCUCACAAACACACUUUUCCGUAGCCGCCACCACCGAACAGGAUUUUCAAGCACACUUGAUAUCAUCCGCAUUACGGUGUGAAAAUUGUCCUCUUUUCUAAUAAAACCCAAGGAAAAAAGUUUAUUGAAAAAAAAAAUAUUUUUAUGUAUUUUCACAAAAAAGCUUUUAAAUGAACUUGCUUACAUACUGGUGGGAUAUAAACAUCUAAAUGUGUGAGUAUAACGAUGAAAAAAUACUAAACAGCUUCUAGAUCCAUAUUUUUAAUGCCAAAUACAUUGCAUACAGUAUGGGGUGAGAUGUUGAAAUCAUGUAAUUAAUUCCUAUUCUAAACUUUCCUGUAUAUUUUAUUCUUUAACAUUUGGUGUUGAUAUGAAAUAUAUGUCAAUGCUCAGCAUUUGGAAUCAAACCUUCUAUGUUUCUGUUGUUGGAGUCGGUGCCGCCAGCUUUGCUUUAUACUUUGUCUCUUCGUUGGCUUCAGUGCUUUUGCCGUUUGUAUUCUUUCCGACACAGACCAGGGUCGUCGUCUACUUUCCGAAAGUCUGUUCACGCGCCAUGAAAGUGAAGCUAAAUACUGUACGCGCAGUAGUCUGGUCAUUUCAUCCAAAACACGGCGGCGAUGGUUUAAAAUGCCAAAAAAGUACGAGUGCCAAAUUCUAGUGCCGGUAGAAAUGAAUAUAGUCUCAUAUAAUCAGUCACUGUCAUCUCAGUGAAUGUAAAUGAUACAUUCUGUAACUUUUGUAACUAGAUGUACAGUUGGUGGCAAUGACAGUGCUAAUACACUAGCCUUUUUGUUUCACAUUGAUCUGACAAUGAAGUAGCACCAAUUGCAUGUUGUUGCCGCAAAUACUACAUGAGUUUAUUUCAUUACAGCCGAACAUGCGCUCUUUUUCAUUUCAAUGUUGAAGUCGUGAGGUAAACUGUUUGAAACUGGAAAUACGUUAGACAUGUAAACAGUAUAUACAUAUAUUUUAUAUAAAAAGUUUAACUAUGAAAAACGAAAGCCCCUUUACAUGAAAGCUACUUUGCUUCCAUUAAAAACUAAAUUUAAUUACUUGUUUUAUUUACCUCUUUUAGUUAUGCAGUAUUACAAUUUAUGUCAUUUAUACAAACUUUGGAAUAAGACACAUUUUGUUUCUUUUUUUUAACUGACCUAUAAAAAUUCCUCCUCUGUAACUGAAAGGAGGUAAGUUGUACUAGUAUCACUGUUGUUUUCACCAUCAACAAUAGAAGCAUACUGUAGUUGCUUAUGGUUUCAUUGCAUAGUCAGGCUCUCACUGACAUUUUGUAUAUGGAAUGUGUGCUAACUUGUUUAUUUUUUGGGACUAUUUCUAAAUAAAAGUGGCUGAUCUCUUA